CGGCCGCAGCGGCAGCCGCCGCCGCCAUGGUCGGUGGCCACGGUGUGUAUGGGUCGGCGUCAGCGGCAGGAGGAACACCGGGCGGGGCCGGUGGCGAGGGAGGCAGCAGCACCCAGGUGUCGCUGUCGUCCGCGUCACCGCCCGCCUCGUCUGGGUCAUCGGCCGCACCGUCGGCGGCAGUGUCCGGGUCGGGUCUCGGGGAUGGCGCUGGUCAGCAGCAACCGUCCCAGUCGUCCUCGGCUCCGGCACCGUCGUCCUCUUCACCUGCCCCAACGAGCUCGUCAUCGUCUGCUUCGUCAUCGCUGGCCGCACAAAUGUACAUAGACCAUCAGCGAAGUCAGCAGCAACAGCAGCAGCAGCAGCAGCAGCAGCACCAUCAACAGCAGCAGCAGCAUCAACAGCAGCAGCAACAGCAGCAGCAACAACAUGCUCAAGCUCAUCACCAGCAGCAGCUGCACACGAGACGACUCUUGCAGGAAUGGACUCUGCAGUUCGGACCAACCGGAACAGCAACUGGUGCACGUUACAUUUAGAUCGAUUAAAGCGAAAGGAUACAUCGCGAGCGGGAAGGAGAGCGAGUUACAACCCACAGCAACACAGGAUACGAAAGCCACCAGGAUGGGGACACCUUCCUGGUCGGGAGCUUACGUUUUUAGGGUAGUAGGCGUAUAUAUAUGAGUAUAUAUUAAACAAAAACCACACACACACACACACACGACAACAAUCUAGGCAUGUUAAGUAGCUAAGAGCAGUGGUGAUGUGCGGUGAAGUACACACACCACAACAAGUGAGCAGAAGAUGAUAGGCGAUCGCGGUGCGUACCGAUCGAUGAUUUCCGAAACACACACACACACAGCGAGUGCGAGCGAACCAAAUCAACUAAUGGUGGCCCAACUUCGAGUUUAUUUGGAGUGUUUGAUGGUGUCCACGUGUGUGUGUGUGCGUCCGUGUGUGUGUGUGUGUGUUAGUGCGCGAGUUCUCGAGAUCGAAUUGUACAUAUAACCGGGAUGGGGAGAUAACGAGGGAUUAGUGUACUAAGACAGAACAACAACAAAAAAAAACCCCAGGACACACGGUCAGGACACUCACACGGUUGUGUAGUGUGGUAAUACACGGUGUUAGUACACUCGGCAGAUACAAAGUGGACACGAGGUUAGGACCAGGGCGACAUCCGCUCAGUAGCCUCUACGGUGCGAUCGGCGAUCAGUUCGGUUUUUAGUGUGUAAGUGAGCUUGAGAAGAGCAUUCGGGUGAGACCGCGCGCAUAAGGGAUCUAUUAAAGCUUCAACUAGAAUCCCCGGCACUCGGCGACAAGUGAUGUUAGUUUACGGCGUUUUCGGUGCUCGGUUGCAAGUGGAACUGAAGAGAAGAUAAAAUCAAUCAUUUGAAAAUCAUAAAAGGAUUUGAUUACUUGUUUCUGUUUUUUUUUGUUUGGUUCUUCGCCCUUGAGGUGGGUUUUUUCCCUGGUGAAUAAUGGUGGCAUUCUUCGGUUGUGGUUCGGUGGCUCAGGAACGCUCGUGUUAGUUUGUGGUGGUGAUUAGGAAGAGUCCGAAAUUCUGGGUCAGUGAUGAGUGAAUGGUGAGAUGAGUUGUUCUUCUUCCGUCGGGGUAGAAACUUCCCACCAGGCUUUUCCAGUGCUCGGCAAUUUGAAAAGUUGGCGAAAAAUGUUGCUCAAGUAAGUACAGUGAUCAAAACGGUAGAAAGGAAGGCCCAUUUUCUUUCCGUGAUUCCGUGAUGUUUGUGAUGAAAUCUGGCGCGUCGACGUCUCGCAGGAAAAAGGCAGUGCCGUCGGCUCGUACUGCCGUCGGCAAAACCCGUUGUCUAGUGUGCCUGCCGGGGCCAGUAAAGUGUGAUGUGGCUGUGUGUUUUGUUUGCGAGGUAAAUUUAAUAACCAUCAUUGUGACACUUUCCCUUUUUUGCUGUGUUUGUGUUAGUCAAGAAAAUCCUUAGAAGAUUGGUUUUCGGCUUUUGUUUCGCUCCAGGGUAGCUAAUGAUGUGUUGUAAUUGUUAGCAUUUGUUUUCUUGCUCUGCCUCUCUGUUUGAUCGUAAUUUGGGGGGGGAAAUUCCGGCGCUGGAUUUUCCGUGACCUUGCCGAUACGAUCCUGGCACACUUCAUUAACGGCCGGCUACCGGGUUUGAUCGGUCCCGAAAUGUUGGGCAAAAAGCGGACCAGCAAAGUAAAAGGAAUUUCCGAAACAAUUCUUCAGCAAUCCUAAGGAAGCGGACGGAUUGGCCGAACCGUUUGCCUACCCGUGCGGUCAGGGUAUUUCAUGUGGGCAAUGCCGCCUUGCCCUAUAUUGGCUACCGAGCGCCGGGACUUUCCCGCCGUACUUUCCCCGACUUUGAGUUCCCGACUUUUGAUCCUCGGUUUUCGCCCGAUCGGCAAGCUAUUUGUUUUCGGUGCUGGUGUUCCGGUGAUGCGAUUACGGGGAGUCUUACUUUUACCGCCGAAACCGUAAGAAAAACGGUGCAUGCAAGCGAGGGCAGGAAAGAGAGAGAGAGGCUCCACAAUGUUCGUAUACCACCGGUUUGAGCUAAGAGAAGGUUCCUUUAAGUUUAAAACCCAGAAGCACCCAUCAGCAGAAGGAUGUGCGAAAACGCAAUAAAACCACCGGCAAAUCGUAAAAAAAAACGCCCAGCCGAAUGAGCUUGCUGGUUUGCUUUACCAGAACUGUUAAGAAACGCAGGUCCGGUAACCAUUUUUCGGCUUGUUCCUCUGCGGUGACCAUUAGGCCAGGCAAAAUGAUAGCCUGCCAAUUGAUUCAUGUUGAUGUUGAUUUAUCGAUCCACUUCUGUUUCGGGCGGCGUUUAGCGUUCGCUUCAUUAAAGGAAGCGAUCCCAAAGCGGGCUCGGAGCUUUUUUGUUUUCCUCCUGUGUUUAGGCCGAUCGGGUUUUAUUCCACCCAACAAAAAAAAAGAGAGAAGGACACGAAACAAAACGAUUGAAUUUGGAACACAAGUUUGGACUCGAAAAAAAAAAGAAACGAAUCAAUGACACAGGGUAAUCAUUUAGUGCAAUAAGGAAAACGAAUAUACGCAAAAUUGUAAUACAAAAAUGCAAAACACGGCUCAGGCGGCUUCCUUCGGCUCGCCCAUCCAUCUUCUACUUCUUCGUACUCUUCCUCUUCUUCUUAUUCUUGUUAUGUAAUGUGUAAUGAGUCAUAAAUGCAGUCCGGGAGCAGCGCGAUUAUGCACCGAACUUAAUACCGAUUGGAUGCUGCGAAAUCGAACUCGAGAACUCAAACACUAACAGGAAAAACAAAACGCUCACUCACGCACACAUAGUCGACACCAAAAAAAAGGAGUAAAAAUCGAACGUUGGGGAGCAUUUAGGACAAAAAACACAACGGCCCGAAAAGAACACAACAAGAGAUACAGUUAUAUACACAACACACACACACACACGCGCAAGCAGCAUGGAUCCCCAUCGUCGCCGUCGUCGUCGCGGGGGGGGGGGGUUUAAACAAACGAAUGAAUACAAGGAUAUUAGACAUAAUAAGGACAGUAGUAGAGGUAAUGGUGUGUGCAUGUGCGUGUAUGUGUGUGUGUGUGUGUGCUGGUGUGUUGAACGAACAAAGCGUGAAUGUAAUAGAAAAUCGUGGACUGUACCAUAAAUGCGUAGCGUAAGUGUGUGAUCGGGAGGCGCGAAACAAGCAUACAGCAAAGCACAACAAAAAGGAAAGAGCAACACACAUAAGGAAAAACAAGGGUAUAAGUACAUUACAUACUAAACAAAACAAAAAAGAAACAACAAAAAACAAACAAAACGAAUAAAGAAACAAACAAACAAACAAAAAUACAAGAAUAUACCGUUUAAGCGUUAAGUGUAGUGUAUGCAUAUGGUGGCACUAGUGGCACGGUUCUUAGGGACGUACCGUGACGAUUGAUAAUUGAUAUAAAAGCUAAGCAAACAUCUUAUACCUAACCACUAACGGUACGCUGGUUCAACGGCGUAACGGUGGCGUAGACAAAAAUUGAAGCGAAAAGACGAAAAAACGGGAAGGAAAUGCACAUUCCCUCAGAAGGAAAAUGCGUGCCCUCAAAGUGUACAUAAAGUUGUAGAAAACAGAAAGAAAUACGGAAAUGAAUGGAAAAAUGAAACAAACAAACACAACGGUUAGAAGAAGUCGAAGUGGUGGUGUAGUAAAAAAAAAAAAA